AAAUCCUGACCCACGGCUGCCCCAGGACUGGGAGACUCGCAAAGUGGGACCGUUCGGUGUAGCGGACCCCUGGCCCUCGGUGUCGCAUCAGGAGAUUUCCAGGCGGAUUAUUAAAGCAUUUACGCUCAUUUUUUAGGAUUCUGCUCUUUGCCUUUGUAUGAAAUGUUGGGGUAGCCACGUGCUUUUUAAAGCGGCGUGGACAGUUUCCAAAAUAAACCCGGACUAGAACGGAGCAGAACGUGAAGCCACUCUCCCUGGGCGCCCGACACUGUUACUGAUUAAUGUGCAUUGAGUAAUUUCCUGUUUGAGAGAGUCUGGGACUGCGACUCGGCAACAGCUCGAAGGAACAUCUGUAAACUCCCACUGAUUUCCGGCUCGAAGUCGAGAGGUACCGAAGUGGCUUGAAGUUUUGCUUUAACCCCGCGAUUGUCCGGAGCCCGGGUUUUGGAGGGUGGACUCUGCCGGGCGGACUGUGAGUGUGUGUUGUUCCGGGUGAAGGCGGGAGACUGCACCUGCCAGCAGGUGACCGAGCCAGGCAGUAGGAUGAGUGUCAAAAUCGGGCCCCAAGGAAUCCAUGUUGAUCAUUCUGAGCUGCUGUGUAAAGAUGGCUGUGGUUACUAUGGGAACCCAGCUUGGCAGGGCUACUGCUCGAAAUGCUGGAGGGAGUGGAAUCGUCGGCAGCAGCAACAGAAUGAACAGCUGAAUAAAGGAAUGAACAAUGAAGGGCCAACAAGUUCACUGGUUGCAGGGGCCACUAGCUUGCUGUUCAACUUUUCAAAGUUUGAGAAGAAGAGGAGCAGUGAGAAGGGUCGUCGAGUCAGCACAGUGAAGAAACUAUUUAGCUCCAAAGCGCCGCCCAGGCAAGAGAUCCAGCAAUUCCCCAUGGUCAGCUCUCCAACGUCCACACCAGUACAGUCUGGGGAUUUCACAGACUUCCUGAAAUCACUGCGGAAGCCGUCCAUUCAGAUCAUCCAGAAACGCUGUGUCCAAUUUAUUGAACAUCUUCAGGCGAGGCAGGAUUUGACUGUGGAGGCACAAUCCGAACUAGCACAAGACUUUUACCAGAACGUUGCUGUACGUUUUAACGGUUUCUCGUCUGAGCAAAAAGACAGGAUGAUGGAUAACAUCGAGAAGUUCAUCAUGACCCAGCUGUACAAGACUGUGUUCUGUCCUGAUAGCUCAGAGGAUGAACGCAAGGAUUUAGCAAUACAACAGCGUAUACGGGCCCUUCACUGGGUGACCCCUGAAAUGCUCAGAGUUCCUCUUGAUGAGGACAAGCCAGAGGUCACCGAACAUCUUGUGUCUGCCAUCACAGCAAUCGUUAAGAUGGAUUCCAAGCGAGCUCCACAGGAUAAGCUGGCCUGCAUCUCAAAGUGCAGCCGGCACAUUUUCUCUGCAAUCCAGAUCUCCAACGGAAAGCCAGGAGCAGCGGACGACUUCCUCUCCAGUUUGAUUCACGUGGUGCUGAAGGUGAACCCUCCCCGGCUGCACUCCAACAUCCAGUACAUUAUCCGCUUCUGCCACCCGAAGCGACUGAUGACUGGCGAGGCGGGUUACUACUUUACCAAUCUGUGCUGUGCUGUCACCUUUGUGGAGAAGUUGAACGGGCCCUCUCUCAGUCUCUCCCAUGAGGAAUUUGAGCAAUACAUGCAAGGUCACAAACUGCCGGCCAGAAAGAUUCAGAACUCCCCCCUCCUCCACACUGCAGACCCUGGGAUCCAGCAGAUGCACAAGGACCUCCAGCUGCUGCUCUCUCAGGUCUGGGAGAGGCAGGACCGCAUCAUUAGUGAGGUGAAGAAAUUGGAGCAAGAGGUUCUGGAAUGGAAACGCUCUGUUCAGGAGGAGGUUGAGGAGAGCAUUGGAAAAUUUCCUCUGCGUAACACUUUGAAUCCAGAAUGAGGUACUUGAGAGCUGCAGAUGAGGUCUGUGACCAUUUCACUAUUUAUAAAGAUUCAGACUUUGCACAGUAAUUGUCAUUAGAUUGCACAAAAAGGUACAUUUUAAUAAGACUUGAAAUGCAUAAUAAAAUAAAUAAAUGUUUCAUUACAUCUAACUUCCUAUUCAAUGGUUUAGUACCUGGAUAUGAAAUUUAUAUUACCAGUAAACCUCAGUAACAUUAACAGAAGGCCCAAGGUUAGGUUAGCGCUCCAGCAAGUUCUGCUGGAUUUCUACUGCACUAGAGAGACCAUCAUGUGGCAUUGAAGGGCCUUCUGGUCUGUUUUGUAGAGGAGAACCGUGAUUCAUAUCCAGUCAGAGAACCCAGAAGUAAAGGAAUGAAAGCUUUGGGGGGGAGAAUUUUUAAAAUGAUUAAAUCAUUAGAGUGGACAGGAAACUGAAGAUUGAAAAGUUUUAUUUAAAUGUCCUGAUCAGGGAUGUGUCUGAAGUUUGAUACUAGUAAGCUGUUCAACAGAAGCACCAGAGAGCACUAGUUCUUCCAAAUGCAUGUUGUGUCCUGUAUUUGAACUCUGGGCAGCUAUAUGUAGGAAGAUUUAUAAUUGAAGAGAUUGAAACAGGAGUAGACCAUUCAGCCCCACUCUGUCACUCAGUGAGAUUGUAGCCAAUCUUUUACCUCAGUACCACUCUCCUCCACCAACCCCAUAUCCCUGCUAUCUAAAGAUUUAUUGAUCCAUCAUGAAUAUAGUUGGCAGCUGAGCCCCCACAGCCCUUGGAUAGAGAAUUCCAAGAUCCGUUACACUCUGGGCGAAGAGACUUCUUAUCUCAGUCCUGAAUGGGCAACUCUUAUUCUGAGAUUGUCUCCCCUGUCUUAAAUACCUCGGCCAGGACAAACACCAUCUCUGCAUCCACUCUGUGAAGUCAUAAACAAAAAAUUUGUAUUUUUCAAUUAAAUUCAUUCUUCUAAACUUGCACGUGGCCAGUCCUCUCCUCGAGAGAAACUCAUUGUCCCAGAAAUCGAUCUUGUUAAAGUGCUUGCUGCACUCCCACGAUUGAAAAUACAUUGUCUCGUAUUUUCAGAUUGCCUUCACAGCACUGAGGGAAGCCACUUGGACCAUUUGAGUCUGUGCCAGCUCUUGGAUCACACCAAUUAGUCCUGUUUUCCACUGCCCACCACCCCCCAAAAAAAACUUCCUGCAACCUAUUUUCUGUCAUGUACCCAUCAAUUAUCCCAAUUCUCCUGCCACCAGUCCACACUGGGGGGUCAUUUGCAUUGUCAAUUAACCUAUGAGCACAUCUUUAGGAUAUGGAGGAACCCAGAGCACUGGGGUAGGUGGAGGGGGGAUCCCCCACAGUCAAAGGGAGAACACGCAAACUCCACAUAGACAUCACCUGAGGUCAGGAUUGAGCCUGGGUCCCUGAUGCUGUGAGAGAGCACCAUUACUUUUGUAAAGUAGUGAGACCAAAUACAACAAUUUUCCAGAUGUGGCCUCAAGAGAGGCCUGUAUAACUAGAACGAAAUGUUUCAACUCUUGUACUCUUGCAAUGAAGGCCAACAAUCUGUCACUGUGAUUGAGACUGUACCUGCACAUCAACUUUCAGUAAAUUGUUUACAGUGACCCAUAGGUCGCUCCGAACACCAACAUUUUCACUCUUUCACCAUUUAAAACUUUUCAAUUACCUUGUCCAUUUAAUCAGUGGGGAACUGUUCUGGAUUCUGUGGCAUUUUGGAAGAUGGUAACCAGUGCAUCCAUCAUCACCAGAACCACCCCCUUCAAAAUCUUAGUGUGCAUGUCAUCAGAUUUAUCACCAUUCCGUCCCAGUAGUUCAAAAAAAAAAUCUUCAAUACUAAUCAGGUGGAGGAACUUGAACCCAGGUUUAUCAGAGCUUCAGCAGGUGUUUGUUCAACAGUGCAUCCAUGGGGCUGAGCUAUCUGGAUAUUCUGUUUUAGGAUCUGUCCGGACAGAGGAUGGUGCCUGUCGGACAGAUGGGAAGAAAUAGGUAGAUAAUGCAGGGGUCUCCUGAAUAGAAUUUUCCCUCUUGGAUCCAGCUUUGUAAGUUCUUUUGGGGGUAAAGCCAAAACCAAGUCUACAGCACAAAAUAAGUUGCUGGAGGAACUUAGUGGGUCAGGCAGCAUCUGUGGAGGGAAGUGGACAGUCGACGUUUUGGGUCGAGACCCUGCAAGGUGAAGGGUGUUGACAGUCCAUUUUCCUUCACAGGUGCUGCCUGAUCCACUGCGUUCCUUCAGCAGUUUGGUUUUUGCUCCUGAUUCCAGCAUCUGCAGUCUCUUGUGUCUCCAAGUCUGUAGCACUAUGGGUGCACAGGUAUGUGGAGUUGAAGGGGAGAUCAGAAAAGCAAUAGUGAAAGGAGGAAGGCUGUAGAUGUGAAUCCAAAAUGAUAUGUUUGCCCUACUGAUGCCCAGGUCAUUGGAAGGGGGCAAACUGCCAGAGGUUGUGGUCAAUAUCAGUAUAAAAAUUCAGACAGAAUUAGAAAUAGGCUCCUGUAGAGGCAGAUUUGGGAGAGUUAGGAAUUUUUAAAAAGCAAGCUCUAAAAAGUUGCUGCCCUCUUAACUAUAAGUGCAUAGAUGAUAGUUUGGAUGGAUUUGUGAUUCGAAGAGAUGAUGUAAAAGGGAGCCACGUAGAUCUCUAGGGAAUUGUGACUUUUUUUUUGAGGAAGAUGGAUUGUUGCAGGCUGAUCCUCGAGACCAAAAUUAUUGGGAACAUUGAGCACUGAGGAUGGUUAAAAGUACCUCAACAGGUUAAAAAUCUAAACAGAUCUGAAAUGCAGAGAAUUAUUGAGUUUGUAAGGAGAAACUAAAGGAGUAUACACUUCAAUGCAAGACAUCAACUGAAUGAAGCAGAAGUGCUCAGGGCACAGAUAGAAAUGUGGAGUCUGGUAUAUACCGAAACAGAGUAGCUUGGAGGAGGCAGGAAUUGACAGAUCAUUGUUUUUGGUCACAGGAAUCUCAGAUAAGUGUAAGGAUAAAAACUGAGUGGAAGGUGGUUUAUAUUAUUGGCUAAGAAUCAAGUGGUGCCAUAACAAGGGGUGAUGCACUAAAUCAGGCCAUAUACAUUGGAGUGAUUUUUUUUCCCACAUAAGCAGUGAUUGCACCUCCCCCCCCCCCUUUUUUUUAAAUGGAGACCCAAGUCGAGGAGGUAGAAAAACAAAAAUAUUGAGAAAUUUCUGAAAUGGACAUAGGUGACAAAUCAGUGUCUUAAUUUUUCACUGCUGUGAUAUCAACUGGAAAAAAAUCAUUGUAGGAAGUGUAGUACAUGUUGAGUUAUUAAAAUGUUUGACAUAACCUCAGGAAUGAAGCUAGGAAGUAGAAAGGUUAAGGUCAGGGGUUAUAAUUGGGCUAGAUUUAACAGUGAAGCGCACAAUUCUGGAGAGAGCGCUCAAAUAAGGAAAGGUUGAUUUUACUGAAUUUGUAAUUGAGCCAAAGGGGGACUAUGUGACCAUGUCAAAGCAGAGAAGAAAGCAGGAAAACCCAGAGUUGGUUUAGAAAUACGUGAAGAACAAGGGCAGGGCUUUAUUAGAGAUCAAAGUAGGUCCUUUGAUAUGAAAACUGUGUCAUUAACUGCAUAUGUUGCUUAUCUAAUAUUUCUUAAUUUCAAAGCUGGUUGUAGGAGGUUAUUGCCAGAUUCAGAUGAAAUGUAGCCUAGAAAAUAUAGAGGACACAGCAGAGGCCCUGACCACUCCUCAAUUCUCUGCAGAUAUUGAUGUACUGCUGGAAAAUUAUACCAUUGUAUAUAAAGCAAAAGAUCAUCCUCGAUUAAUUUGUGUCUUUGUAAAUGAUUUGCUAUCACCAAUAAUUUGUCCACUACCAAAGUUGCUCAUUUAUAGGAUGUGGAUGCCACUAGCAAGACCACCAUAUGUUGCCCAUUCCUUACUCCCCCUGUGGAAGUGAGCCCUCCUUUUUUGAACUGUUGGGGCCUAUAAUUAUUCAGGUUUCUUUUUAAAAACUUGACUGGAAAAAGGUUUAUAAGCUGGAAGCUUUUGUUUUUCUGAUGACAGCAAAACAGAAUACCAGAGCUAAUAAAAUCUGUUCACAAUGUGGUCUCCUCUACAAUGGAGAAGCCAAAUUGCACAUUGGGUGUUCACACUGCAGAACAGCUCCAGUUGGUCUACCAGGGUGACUCUGAACUUCCAGAUGCCAGUCACCUUAAUUCUCCAUUUCAUUCUGACCUCUGGUGUCUGAUGCCCAAAGUAAGAUUGAGGAAUGGCACUUCAUCUUCUAUUUGGGCACAAUGCUAUUCUCUGGGCUCUGUUGAAUUCAAUGAUUUCAGGUAAUGAUGUUUCAGUCCUUUUGUCUCUAACUGCUGGAAUUUAAAGUAAUUGUUACCUCAAACUUUGGGCUCCACCCUAUCAUAGACCUUCCCUCUUUUCUCUCAGCCUCCUUUUUCUUAACUUAAAACUUGUUUUCUCACAUUUCAGUUCUGAAAUGAGGGCAUUGACUUUGACUGUUCCUCUCUGUGUAGUUUGUUUUUGCUCCAGAUACCAUGGCCAAUUGAUUGUUUCUCAACUUAACACUCUGCAAUCUGAGUACCAGGAUGACAACCUUGAUACAGUUGUUAACUUUUUCCCUCUGUGGUCAGCCUAAUUAGAAUGGGAUACUAAUCAUCAAAAUCAAAUGGGUAGUUAAUGUAUCUUUAAUUUGGCUGUUUUAGAAUGAGAUUCUUGCAUCAGUGCUCCAAGGUCUAUGUACUAAGGCCAUUUAGUGGUUCUACUAUACAAGACAAAUUAGAGGGAAAUGAAAGAUUAGGUGGGGUCUGGUGUUGACCACACUUUAUAUUUAAGAAUUUCAAAGUAGUAUUAGAACCCUUUUAUCUGUGAAGCUCCAAUCUAUAUUAAACCAGUUCCAGCAGGACCACUGGUCACUUUAUUUGCACUAAAAUAAGUUUUCUCAUUUUCAGUGCCUGCAUAUUCAUACUACCAUGGGCUGGGAAUUGAAUAUUCUCACAUUUUGCCUUGGAUUGUUUCCACCCAUCUACAAAAUGGAGGGUCAGAUGCAGGAUUAGGUCAAAAUCAAAUUUUAUUAAUUACAAUUCAAAUUUUCUAACUGGUCAGAUUAAUCCCAGCAUGUGAAUCUAAAGGGGAAGCUGUUUAAUGAAGUGUCUUCAACUGGUGAACUAUGAACAUUCUUUCUCAAACUAUUUUGUAGAUUUAUUCCUGACAUCUUUGCAAGCAAAUUUUUAAAUUUCUACUCCAUGUUGUAUGAAUAAUCUUUAUUAAAGGCAUUGUGUUUAAUCUGCUUGUG